UCGAAUGCACCGACAACGGAAAAUCCGCAAAAGCACUUGAUGUACGCAGAGACUAAAUGGCUGACAUUAUGUCAGUAUCACUGAUGUUUCCACACGAUUAUGUUAAUCAAGCGUUUCGUUGUCAUGAUGUUAUUUCAUAGUCUUGUCCCAAAGGCUGUUGUACGGACAGCUGAAAACUACCUGAAAACCGGAAGUAGAUUUAGUCAAGUUCGGCAAAUUGGCGGGACAGGUAGAAGGACUUCGUACCGAAACAUCGCAAACUCUCCACUAGGACACUGCAAAAUGAAGAGAGGUGCGCUGAUCGUUUUUGAAGGGGGAGACCACAGUGGGAAAACGACACAAUGCAGCAAACUCGAGCAGGCGUUAACAUCAAAAGGAGAGCGUGUUAAACUGUUAAAAUUUCCAGACAGAACCUCUACCAUUGGCAAGAUGAUUGACAACUACCUUGGCAACAAAGUUGAAAUAGAAGACCACUCUGUCCAUCUCCUCUUCUCUGCCAACAGAUGGGAAAAACAGCCACAUAUUAUGGAACUGUUGAACUCUGGAACAACAUUGAUUGUGGAUAGGUACGCUUUCUCAGGUGUUGCCUUUACAGCUGCCAAGCCAGGCUUUGAUAUCGAGUGGUGUAAACAGCCAGACAUAGGACUUCCAAGGCCAGACCUGGUGUGUUUUCUCACACUGGAUACAGAAGCAGCAGCGAAGAGAGGCACAUUUGGGGGAGAGCGCUAUGAACGGACCGAUUUUCAAAAGAAAGUUCUGAGCAAUUUUGAGAAACUAAAGGAUUCUACUUGGAAGGAAAUUAAUGCUGAUAAGAGCAUAGAGGACUUGCACAAUGAAGUCUUGGACCUGGUCACAAGGACAAUGGUCUCUGUGGGGGAGAAGCCAGUAGGAAAACUUUGGAUGCCAGACGACAUGGGAACCCAAUAAAGAGUGCAGCAAUUGAAUAAUGUACAUUUCUGUUUGAAUGUGAAAAAAAUUAAUUUAUUUUAUAAUACUAUCACUUUAUGAUUUUAUAAGAAUGUGCUGUGUUUAUGUACAAGUCCAAAACGUUAUCUUUAAGCUACUAACUUCAAUGAAAUAUGAUAGUUAUGCUUGAAGAUUCACCUACUCUUUUGACUGUAAAUCACUUAUAUUUCGUGUGGGAUUUAUUUUCGCAUUAAUUCGCGAGGAGAGUCAAACGUGAAUUCAAAUCCCUCGCGAAUAUUUAUAUAAGAAUGACAAGAAUAAGUGACGUCCAUUUUGAAUCUACCGUAAUCUUUAGUUGGUGAACAGACAUCGCUGUUAAAGUAAUGAUAGAAUGAUAAAUUAUAAACUUAUAUCAGAGUGUAAUUUCAUAUCACAAAACACUACAUAUGAACGGGCGUGAAAGCUUUAUUUACAUUGAAAACAACUCAAUUCACUCUCAACAUGGAAAUAUCGCUGACCUGUUAACUUCAUUCGUGAAUUUAAAGUCAUUUUGAGAUCAGAAUUCGCGAAAUUAUGUAUUCGCGAAUAAGUUGAAUGAGGUGAGUUCACGAAAUUAAGUACUCGCGAAAUUUAAGUGAUUUACAGUAUAAGUUUGCUUUUAUGUUGUCAUGUCUCAAAAACAAGUUCAAUGUUAUUUGAAAGAUUUUGGUAAGACUUGACCACUUUCAAAAUAAAAGGCUCAAGAAAAAAUUGAAAGGGGAGUUAAGGGGUAUGUAAUGUAUAUCUAUGUAUUUAUCAACCUUUUAAUACCUAGAUGUCUUGCCUUCAGAUUGGUACUGUUUUGCAAACUGGUAUUAAAUUCUAAAGUGCUUUCUUUAUAUCUGAAUUAUAGCUACAUUGUAUAUGUAAAGUCUAUUGGCCAUGUGGGCAUUUAUCUUCAAUAUUAUCUGUGAUUUGUAGAAAUUCAUUAUGUAUUAAUUAUAUUUUGCCAAUUUUAUUUUUUAAUACUUUAUUCAUAGUUCACGUUAUACACGGAUUGUCCUUGUUUUGAAAAAGUCAUAUUUGUGGCACGUUUCCAAUCACUAAAUAAAAAAACCUGAGCACAUAACAAAAAUAUCCCCAGUGACCAUUCAUUAAAGUCCCUUUUUCAUUGUGAAUAUUCAGCUCAUCAUCAUGAAAUUGCAGACUUGAACCUCAUUCAAAACAUUGUUAUUGCUAUAUCUUGUAUAAUAUAUAUAAAAUAUGUUAUAAAUUCUUGAUAUGAUGAUCCAAUGCCGUAGCUUACCAUUAUGAAAUACCUAGGAAAUAUUUUUUGAAGUAGGAAUCCUCUUGAAAUAAAUAUCAGUAUUAUAUAUAUAUAAACAAGAGGCCCAGAAGGCCUGCAUCGCCCACUUGGAUGUGAGAGUAAUUAUAUCAAAUUACACUAGUUUAAGUUAUAUUUCAUAUUAUAUCAAAGGGCAAUAACUCUGCAAAUUAUGGUAAAUAAUUCCCAUUUUCAAUCUCAUCCAAGAUCUUGUCCAUAUAUGACUGCAUCCAAAGUUCUUCAAACUUUGUUGAUAUUUACUGAAGUUAACAUUGUCACAAAAGUAUGGUUAACAGACAGCCGGAUGCCACAUGUGGCAUAAGCUAUUAAUGCAGUAUCGCGAGUAAAUAAUGGUAUUUUAAGUUCCAUUUAUGUUAUACACUGUACUGCUGAGCAUACAAUUCUACAUGGUAGCGGAGAUUCACAAAUAUUUCAAGCAAAUAAUUUGAUGCAUGUACAUUCAGACAUUUUCAAAAAUUUUGUCAAAAGAAAUUACAGCCUGGUAAGAAUUUACGGAAUGAUUUGCUCAGUAAAUCCAUAAUGUGCAUGGACUUGGAUUAGGAUUUACCUUGAAUAGCUAUGUGUUUUGGCUCAACAGCAGUGCUAUGCUAUUAAAAUCCAUCUUCGCUAUCAACUGCCCAUAAGAACAUGCCUCCUGUAUUUUGCUUUAUAAUGUUGAACUGCAAUAUUUGAAUGAAUGUGAUUUUAUAUACAUAUUAGAUGUAUAACAUGUUUUCCUAAUGGUUGAUAUUAAAAAAUAAAAGGAGAGUUA